UACUAGUCUUCCCUCCAUUUUCGUAAGAGUCUAGGGUUUUACUGGAGUGUUGCCAAACUCAAGAAAUUCUGCAAGCAGCUAAAGUUGAAAAAUGGCGUGGUCGAUUCGGGCUUUCCAUCAAGGUUGCAGAGUUUUGAUGUCAGCCGCCAACAGCUCCGCUACCGCCACCGCCACCGCCGCUGCACCCAAGCGUGGCCGCCCCGCCGGUAUUCUCAAAGUCGUUCCUGUAUCUCAACCUCUUGGAGAGUUUCUCGGCGUCUCUGAAGUUUCUCGAACCGACGCUGUAAAGAAAGUUUGGGGCUACAUCAAGAGUAAUAACCUACAGAACCCAUCGAACAAGAAGGAGAUUUUGUGUGAUGCCAAAUUGAAGACAAUAUUCAAUGGAAAGGACCAAGUUGGAUUCUUGGAGAUUGCUAAGUUAUUGUCCCAGCAUUUUGUCAAGUCUAGCUAGCUGAUGCUGGCAUGGUAAUGAAUGACAAUAAUACCCUUUAUUUCAAAAUGUUACAUGGUUUCUAGGUGGUUUUUGGGUGUUGGUGGAUUCUAGGGUGUGACACUCAAGUCACAACCUUGUGUUUUGUAUGUUAAUGUGCUACAUUUUAAGUUACCAAUGUGGCUUUAAAAAAAAGAUCUAAAACCAAAGGCAUAU